UCUAGUCGACACAGAAUUCUGAGGUGAGUCGGUGGAGUAGAUCGCUUUGGAUUCAGUCCGCUGUUUGUGAGCCAAGAAAGGUACGAUCAAAGAUUUCUUGUGACUUGAUUCAACUUUACAUUCGCUAGGCCUAGGUUGCCGUGGGAAAUUUUGUGUACUUCAGCAGAAAUUAUUUUCCCUUCAAACUACUCCACAGAAGAAUGGGACCGAAGAUCGUACAAGUAUUUGUAAACGGUUUACAAGGAGGGACAAUCACCAUUAACAUUGAAGAGGUACACCUUUGAGCUUAAUAUCCUUUUUUGUAGUCAGUCGACAAAAAAGAAUUUAGAAAUGCCAACGAACUUUAUCCAUUUUGUUCAUUCUAUGCUUACUGGAGUGGAAACCUUGCUCAAACUGCCGGACGUCAUUCUUGUUCCCAGAUUGCUCUUCUCUCGGGCAGAAUGGCUGACGUCACGCAUGUAAUGCUCUCCUUCUGUCACGUAUGUGUGAUAAGUGUUAAUGAAGUCAGCAUUUUUUUUUAGAUAAUGUGUCGACUGAAAUGGUUUAGUUUUACAUAAAUUUUUAUUUAAUUUUAUUAUAAAGAGACAAUGCAAGUCCGUUCUUUUUUUAUUUGUGAAUAAGUCACUUGGUUUUUUACUAUUCUUAGGCGGCAUUUUAUCUUUUUCCUUUUUUAUCUAUUUUUUUGUUGUUGUUUUGAAUUGAAAAAAUCAUUACUACCAUUUUCAUUACCGUUAUUACUAUUGUUGUCAUAAUUUUUAUUGAUAAUGUUAUCGUUAUUAUCAUUUCUUUUUCUGUUUUCAUUUAAGUUAGAGUGAUAUCAGUAUUGGGAUUUUGCAUAUUGAGUAAGUUAGGUAGCAAAAUUUAUACAGUCACAAUGCAUCUUAUUAUGUUUUUAGGAUGCAACGAUUGCGAGAUUAUAUGGGUUGUUGAAAGAACGGAAUGGUAUAGCAGUUGAUGAACAACGCUUGAUAUUCGGUGGAAAGGAAAUCAGGAUCACAGAUGAAAACAAUAAGCAGACUCAUCUGUCAACGUACGGAAUAGAAAAACACUCCACAUUGUAUCUUGUUUUACGUUUGCGUGGUGGGUCUCAGAAAGAGCUAGAUGAUGAUGUGGAACUUAGUGAUGCCCCAGAUAUGAUCACGUGGGAUGAUGAUCCGGAUAACAAAAGAGCCAAGAUGCCUUGCGGGCACGCUAUUAGUAAGUUGUUUGAGGAUAAACCCUUUCAUUCCCAAAGGAUUUUGGGAUCGCCACGGGGCAAACUAUGCAAAUUUCCAUAAAGGAAUGUGUGGCAAAAGGUUGUUUAGGCGUCCAAAAAAAUGAUUUUUGAGAGAAUUCAGCGUUUUUUUUUUGCAGUCGUUUUAUCAGAAAAGGAUUUAAGCAAUGUUGAUGAGGGGGCAGUGUAAGUUUUUGUGUAAAUAUCAAUGAAAUAUGUGUUAAAAUCUACUGAUAAAGUUCUCUCCUUGCAUAAGGUUUAUUGUGAUAUCGACAUCUCGUCUCGAAACAUCACAAAGUUACGCAUAAAUCAAAGGAAAUUACCCCAUAAAGUAUUUUCAGUGAAUUUAUGUGUGUACAGCCAUUUUUAAUACUAGCUGACGUCUUUAAUACACAAAUUAUGGCUUCCGGAAAUUUACCUCCUCAAAGGAGAGAAGUCUUUGUUAGAGGAGAUGGAAAUUGUUUUUACCGAGCUAUUGCUCUCUGAAAUGAUGAAAUAAGUGAUGAGAAACAUGAAGAAAUCCACACGUUAAGUUCUAGUUUGGUAGAGAGAAUUCGGAAGGUGUUUGAGCCGCUACUUUUCUCUUCAAACUCUGUGGAGGAUCAUGACAAGAACAGCAAAAUAACGGGAUUUUGGGCUGAAACUGUGGAAAUCUUCAGCUGUACAUCGCUCCUCAAUUGACCCAUUUGCACCUUCUCAUCUUCGCAGAAAAACUGAUACACCUUUUAAGCGAUUAUGAACACUGGUUUGUUUCCAUCGAUCACAAAAAAGAAGUGCAGGUGCCCAAUCACUCUAAUGUAUCAUGAUGAGUAUGCUCAAGCAAAUCGUUUAAAUCUCCUUCUGCCUAUAGGUAGCUGUUUUAGUGCUCCUCUGCAAGAGAAUACAGCAUCCUCUGUUUCAAUAGAUUUAGAAAACAGUGUUAAUUCAUAUGUCAAAGCUGAGAAACAAACAUCACAAACUCAUCCUUCCUUCAAAUCACCUUCAAUCAAAGCUACAGAAUCCAAGCAACCUGGUCAAGAUCUAGCUUCUUUACAAUUACAUUGUCUUCAUACUCUAAAACAACUAUGAAAAAGCCGACUCAAUCUCCAGAAGCUUCCAGUGACAAACAAACCUCAUCCGUGAAACAGCUAAAUCCUUUGAAAUGUACUAAACCUUCUGCUCUCCAACAACCAUCUUUUUCUUUUGUGAUCAGUUCCCAAUCAUCUACAGACAAAACUGCAUGUACCACUACUAAGCAACCACCUUCAAAACAAGCCAUUGCAGCUAUGUCUACUAGUCCCAACUUUGACCAAAUAUAUGUGAAACAAAUUAAAGCAUUUAUCUUAUUCAGCUAGCUAAAGCAGUUGCUUUUAUGGACCUUCCUACUGAUCCUGACUUUACUAAUGGACAUUUUAAAUCAUCUAAUUAUGAGCAAAACUGACAACGUUAAAAGCAUGUUAUCCUCCUGGUGCUCAUUUGAAGAGUAUAAUCUAUGUAUAAAUGGCCAUGUUCAGAGCUUGGAGUAAAUGUUACAAAGGACCUUGAUGGCAGUAUUUUUUGUGUGUGUGUGUAGCUAGAGUUAUACUAACUCAGAAAGAAAAAACUCAAGAAGGUGAUAAACUUAACAGGCUCUGGUUUGUUUUGGACUUAACUGGGUCUAUGUAUUCUGCAUUCUGUAGGUGCAAGGGUGGAACUGAUCAAGGAUGCAGACAUUAAGAGGCGCAACUUUGUUUGAACUUGAUGAUUUUCUUUCAAAUCAUAGGAAGUCUGUCAUCUCUAUGUCUGCAUAUUGGAACCCCAAGCCAACACCUACUCACAAACCCGUCCCUAUGUCUAAAAUGAAAGUUUCCAAAAGCUCUUUGAUGAAAAAGAAAAAAAAAAUAACAUCAUAUGAUGAUUCCUGGAUUGAUUCCGUUGAUUCUAGACCCAUCAAAGGUCGAAAGGAAAUAACUCGUAUAGAAAAAAUUGAAUUUGCUAAGAAACUUAGAAAAAUUGAUCCUUGUUCUGGUAUUCUUGAUUUUUUUCCGUUUUCCCCAAACUAUGAUGAAAAUGAAAAUUUUUCUUCACAUCCUGAUUAUAAUAUAUCUCACCUGACCAUAUUAUCUCAAGCCAAGAAUUAUGUUAAGACAGAUUUAAUAAGCUAUCAGAGAACAACCUUUCAAAUUUUGCUAAUGAAUUUCUAAAAGCCUUCACCUUUUCAGACAAUAAUAGAAUGGUUGUGAAGAAAACAACCAUGGGACAACACAAAAACAAAACUUGCAUGAGAUGAGACACCUUUUAGUUAUGGGGAACAAAAUAAAAUCUCUCUACAGCCAACAAAAACUUUAGAAAAGAUCCUCAUACUGAUGUAUCACUCACUGUUAAUAAUUACACUGAACCAAAAUAAUUUAAAGAAAACCAAGUGUUUCCUUAAGCCAUAGAACAUGGUAUAAAGAGGAAAAUGAAAAAUUUUACCACUCAAAAUUCAGUGAAAAACAGCAUUCUUCAUCUGAUCUUCAGAAGCCAGGUCUCCUCAUUAGUAGCAGUUAUUUUUGGAUAGGAGCAAGUCUAGAUGAUAUUAGAAAAUAUGUCUGUGAUGGAAGAAUGAUUAACAUUUGCUGUUGAUUUUUAUUUUUUUCAAAGCUCCAGUAUCUCUGACCAUUUACUGUCGCAGCCUCCUUGAUGCAGGUCGAUCGCGAUUUCUGUGUCCAUACAUCAGCCAAGAUACUACCCCUGUGUACUGUGGCAAAGAAUGGGACUAUGCAGUUGUUAGACGCUUGGCUGUUUUGACAGAUUUAGAAAAAAAGGAGUUUGAAACAAAGAUCUCCAAGAAUCAUCUGAUCAAGGCCAUGGGUGUUCAAGAAUGUCCCAACUGCAAGUCUUUGGUGGAACGAAUCAACAAAAAAGAUGUGCGAUUGACUUGUUCUUUUUGUGAAAAGAAACUACAUAAAGCUUUCCAGUUCUGUUGGCACUGUUUGCAUGAGUGGGUCGAUAGAUCCAGCACAACAAAGUGUGGUAGGCAUAGUUUAGGUUGUGAAACUCUCUUCCGUUGGAAGGAAUAAAGAGAAACACUUCAAAUCUUAGUUCACUAGCAUGUAUGCCUCUCUGGAAUAUAAGAGAUCGGGAAAGUCAGGACAUUAUUCUUUCACUCAUAGUUCGUGAAAUAAUGUGUUUAAGUUAUCUUGGAUUUUGAGUCACAUCUUAGGUUUUAUGAAUGUUAACAAGUAAUCCUCAACAAAUUAGCUAGCUGGCAAGAAAAGUGUCCUAAGCCAUAAGGCUCACCACGCUUAUUGUGAUUGGUUCAGUCUUGGACACCUUAACAACACCUAGCUUACUUGACUUUGUUUCACUACCUUACCACUCUUCCACUGCAUGAUGUUUUUCCUUCUUCCUUUCUACUAUUCUCUGUAAUUUUUGUUUGUUAGUUUUCGUUUCAAAAUCAUCUAAUUUCUCUAUGUUGGUAUUGUUUAAACCAGUAAUUUCUGUACCAUUUAAUUAUCAGGAAAUGCGGUUUGUGCUGGAGAAGACAAACGUCUGAAGAUUUUACGUAACUGCUCUAAGAAGGAAAUUGUUGGAGUAGCAGGAUGUCCCUCCCUUCGUGCAUGCAUCUCAUGUGGUAUGCUAAUUGAGCAUGUGAAGGCCUGUAAGCACAUGACCUGUCGAUGCGGCAAAGAAUUCUGCUUCAUCUGCUUGAAGCCCAAAGAGAAAAAGGGCUGGAAGUGUGGGAAUUUCAACCAGGCCUGUGAUGUAGCACCAGUACAGACCAUGAUUCCUGGAGUUUAAACUUGUUGCUAUUUGCAAAAUAAAUUACCUUUACUGGGAACCUGAAAAUUUAGUCCGAGAUUAUCAACACUAAUACCUCUGAAAAGCUCUGAAGAUUUGCUUUAAGUAUCUCGAUAAAUGGUCAUAUUAUGUUAUCUAACAUUGCUGCUGUAACAGUGUUAGAUAACAUAAUAUGACCAUUAUAGUAUAGCAUUCCACUAAGAUUUAAGAAUACUUUGAGUCGCUUUUUACCGCUUGUAGCAUCAAAUCUAGAAAACGGCAUUAGCAUCUGUCCAUAAUUCCAGUCUUCCUGAGGCCUAUGGUCCUUAAAUCACAUGUAAGAGAUGAGAGAAUCAAAUUUUGUAGAGAGUGAUGAACUUACAAUUUUGGGUUGUUGUCCUUGAGUGUGCAAUACUUGUAGCAAUACCAGAAUGAAACCGUUUAGUACCAGAAUGCAUAAAGAAUUUACCGCUAUCACAACUAAUAAUUAACUUGUACUGUGUGAUAAGUGUUAAAUUGAGAAGAAUUAUUUGCUCUUGUGACUAGAUUUGGAACAUUUGUUUACUCAGUUUUAGUUGAAUUCAGUUCAGCUCUAGAUUUAAAGUUUAUUGUUUGUUAAGUUUUUAACCUGAAAUAAAUUAAUUGAGUGAGAU